AUGAAGAAAUCUAUGGGUUAAAGCUAUUGCAAAAUACAAGCAGAAUUUAGAUAACCUAGGCCUUAAUUGAUGGAAGUUCAGAGUAUGACAGUAAUUGCAAAUUAAAGUACUUUUAUGAUUAUUCUUCAAGAUGGAGCAGUGAAGUUCUCCUAUAAGGAAUACCUUGAGAGAUAGAAAGGGUAUAUAAAAGAAAAGAAAGCUUCACAAAGUGACAAUAAUAUAAGGAAGAUUGCUCCGAUCAAAUUAGAGAAUUAAAAGGGUACAAACAGUUCUCCUCGAUUCAGAAUAAAAUUUGUUACUAGUCCUCAAAGUAUGAAUAGAACAACACUUUCAAAAUCUCCUUAGAUUUCAAAAUUUCGAAAUCGUAAAAUCCCUUUUGAAUCAGAUUAUAUCUGUGAAACUGAGAUACAAAUAUAAACUAGCAGAAUAGACAGAGCAUUUUAAUAGACUGAUAUUGAUGAAAGCACUAUGUUAUCGAUCAAGUCUCCAACAGGACAGGAAAAUCGAUUCGAAAAUUCUUCAGUAAUGAAAACAAGAAAUGUUAUUAAUUCGACAAGAGAUGAAAAUUUAUUGAAUGAGUAAAUUAAGCCUGCAAAAAGAACUAAAAAAUAAUUAAGAUAAUGUUUACUUAGAGCUUUAAAAAAAUUAAAAGAAAUGAAUAUCACUACUAAAAUGAUGAUAUAAAAAUAAAUCUUCUCCAAAAAGCCAUAUUAAAAGCUCUACUCGCAAGAAUUCAUUCAUGCUGUCAAGUUGAAUUAAUUAGAAAAGGUUCGUUAAUAUCUAGAUAAAAAUUAAUACUUAGUUUUUGAUUUUGAUUUCUUUAAUAUGUCAGCCUUGCAUUGGUCUAGUAAAAAGGGAUUGUAUGAAAUGUCAGAAUUAUUAAUUAAGUAUCACGCAGAUGUUGAUUCUAUUGAUAUCAUGAAUAGAACUCCCUUGUAUUUAGCUAUAUAAGAAAAUAACAUUCCUCUUAUUGAAUUACUAUUAAGAAAUAAAGCAUAUCCUUGGUCUACUUCGUUAACUGAUUUAGGAGAGGUGGUUAAGGACAAUAAGAAAGUUCGUAAAAUCUUAACCUUGAUCAGAAGAUUGGAUAUUAUUAAUAUGUGGGGCGAGAAGAAAUUAAAAGAAGAGUUUUUUUGA